AAUGUUUAAAUAAACUGUUUUUAAAUUUUUAAAUACUCAGGCAUAGCCAAGAACCAGGGUUAUAUACUAUCGUAAAAAAAAACCCAAAUCCAUUCCUCCCCCAAAAUAGAAAUUGAAUUAAUUUCUUAAUUUUUUUUUAUCGUAGUUAAUCUCAAGUUUUCAUUCUUACCUUUUUAUAUUUUUUUUGUGUUAUGAUUGAACUGCUUCUUGAAAGUACUACACUUUCCCAUUUCAGCUCUUUUACUCAUUUCAGUUCCCUGAUUUCUGCAUUUUCACAUAUAAAAUAAUAACUAAAAUUGUAAAAUAACCCGUGAUAACCUGUCAAAUGCCCACCUAAGAACUGCUCACAUUCUUUUGAUAGUUUUUAUUGUUUAAUUGUGUUUUAGAAAAAAUGAGUAUGACCGGUGAUUACUUUUUUGAACUCAGAAAUCAACCAUCAGAUUUCAAAAAGUAUAGAAAGUUAAUGGCUGAACUGGGAAUGUCAGAUGAGCUCAUUGAACAGAACACCAAGCUUAAACAUGUGCAUGUUGAGGAUACUACAGAUGGAAGUGGAAGAGUUGUUCUCAGUUUUGGAACCUGCCCCGGUCAUGUAUCCUGUGUUGAAAAUAUCAGGCCUGGAAUUUUGUUUGAGGAAUCUAGUUUUAAUGAUUCUGGAACAUUUACAUGCAUCUGGUACAGGAAGAUGACAACGAUUGUAACAUCUGGAAAGACAAAAGCGUCAGUUGUUUUUAAUAGACGGUGACUUUCCCAGAAUUUUGGAGAUUGGAGACUUUGUGUUUGAUGGUUUUGUAUUUAUAAUUGUUGAACUUCCAGUGAAUAUUAUGCAAUCUUUUGUAAUAUUUGUACACUAUCAAUGCUUAUUAAGUUUAUUACAAUUAGGCACUGAUGAUCAAUAAUAAUGUGUAUCGGAAUUGAUGACUGAAUGUUCGUCUGCAUUGUUUAUGAAGGAGCAAACUAUAAAUUAAUUAUUGUAAAUAGACCAUUAUGAUUUACAAGAUUUUAUGUGAAACUGAUAUACAGCUAUGAUUGUAUUUUUCAUUCAAAUAUUUACAUGUUUCAAAAUUUAUUCUAGCUACAUAUCUGUUACAUGUUCCCUAAAUUGUAUAAUUUGUAUUCAGGUUCCUGGAUUUGAUGAAUAACAAUCAUUUCAGAUAAAUGUAAGAUUUUGUUAUGUAAGUGACGCUUCAAUUAGAUUGGAAUCCUCCUCUAAACUCUCAAUGUCACAAAGUGCAGAAGAUGGAUCAGAAACAGAAGAUGCAGAAGAUGGAUCAGAAUCUAAAGGCAGUGAACCUGAAAUUGUUGAGAACCUCCUGACUGGUCCUAAUUUGAGGAUAGAUGAUCUUGGUUCCUUCAGAUUUAACUCAAAUCCAGAUUUAGGGAACAGUACAGGAUACACUUAUAAUACCCAGAAGAAGGAAAAUGAGUAUUCUCCAGGUUCUGUUCAACAUCCUCUACCCAAUCAUCAAUAUGUUCACCAACCUCAGCUCCUAUCAGGCCAACAUCAUUUUCAAUCCAACAUUCGUCCAAGAGAAUUAGUCAGGCAUCCAAAUAUAUCAAAUAUGUCUCAAUUUCGCCAGCACCAGGCCAUUUAUAGUCAAAAUAAACUUCAGUUUAUUCAGCAACAACCUCAGGUCAAUCAGAAUCAUGUGCAAGGUGGUCAGCUCCAGCCAUGUCAGACCCAGCCUACUCAAAACAAGACUGAGCCUCUGCUAAGUCAGCCUCAGAUCAGUCGUCAGCAAUAUUCUGCUAAUCAGUGCUCAGUAAUUCAGGCUAAACCUUCCUUUAGGAGUCUUAAUCCUUCCAAAACAAAUUACAAGCCUACAGAACUCAUUCUACAACAACCAGCCUUAAUUUCUCAACCACAAACCUCAAUUCAUCAUCAUCAAGUGUCCCAGAAAUCCACACUUACAGAGCGAAACCAAACCUUGAACCAGUUCAGUUCACAACUAAAUUCACAUCAGCUUCCUAUACCCUCCACACAUCAGGAUUCCAAAUUUCAGGUCACAUGUAAACCACUCCAGCCUGAUUUUGUUGCAGACCACACUAGCAACCAAAGACCACAAAACCAGAAUCCAAUUUGCAAAUCCUUUCCACCUAUUUCUUCAUGGCUGCUUCCCCAGAUUAUGAACUAUUCCUCAAAUCAUAAUCACGGGUGGGGUUCAAGAAGACAGCAGACAAGUUUACCAUCAACGUCAAACCCGUAUCAACCAAAAGAAUGUCAACCUUACAGGCCUCCUACAUUUGUCCCUCAAAUGAAGAAACCUUCUGAUCAAAAAAGUUCUUUGACACACACACAAAUCCAUCGUACUGUGUCACUUGCAGCUAUUAUGACACAGCCUUCUCAGCAAAGGCCUCCAAAUUUGGCCAGUUAUGCCAGUGAGAGACAGACUAAUUCCAAGAGCAGAUCUUCUAAGGAAAUGCAGGGGUUUACUGCUUGUGGAAGAAGUGACCUAAGAACUACUAUUCAUCCUGUGAAAAAUACCCUUCAGCAACUCCCAGAAGUCAGGAUUUUGCAGCAACGAGAAAGGCAAGUACAGACAAAACCUGGUAAUAAUUUAAAAUCCAGAGAAAUGAUCCAAAAUAGAGUGGGACUAAAGAGUGCUGGAAAUGUUCCUUUAAACCCCAGCUCCAACAGGAGAAAUGAAGUUACAAGCAUAGGCACCCAGACAUCUUGGAGUCUUGAACCAGUCGAAUCCUACUUCUUCAUGAAGAACUCAGAUUCAGUGUUUGCCAUAUUAGAUCCAAGUAUUGCAGAAACUAUUAGGAAUGAUCCGUAUGUAGAUUUCUAUAUGCCUAAAGAGAUACCUCUUGAAUCUACUUCCACUUCUUCAAAAGAAACAGAGAUUGAAAAUCCAUUGAGUAGUUUUUCAAGUAUGAUGGGCCCAUUGUUAGAUCAAGGUUUUGAUGAUCUACUCUUGAUUGGUUCUGAACACACAGAAUAUGGUAAUUCAGAUAAUCAACUUCCCGAUCCAUAUCCUUCUGUCAAAAACCCUGAACCUAAUCAAGAACAUAUUCCUCAUCAUGAUCCACAUGUCGAUAUCAUUGACCAGCUUGCCCACAUACCAGUAGAGGAAUAUCAAGAGAUGCAUGUUCCAACUUCAUGCGGCGAGUUGAAAAAGUUCAGUACUCCUGAAGCAUCAUCAUCAAGUAGGUUAAUUGAUUAUGGUAGUAAAGUGAGAAGUGUAACCAGGAACCUGUUCCAGUCUCCAGUAGUACAUGAUGACAGGGAACAAAAAGAUGUAUGUGAUGAAUCCUUCUCAACCGAGUCAACAAGUGAUUAUGCGGCUUAUCAAGAAAGUGACACAAGUAGCUGCAAUACAUCAAGUGAUGUAUCCACAAGACUUCUACAGAAAACUAAGGAUCCCAGAUUGCUGGGGCAAACUAGAAAAGUUAACAUUACACCCAAAGAUAGAGCAGAUAUUGAAGGCAAGGCUGAAGGGAAUCAGUGGCAAGAAAGAAUGGAUUGCAAUGUCAAACUGGUGGACCCCAAAGAUUGUAAUAAAUCUGUAAGAUCAAAGCGUAUAAAGAAACCAACAUUUAAAGCCAGAGAGCUGGAAGAGAACAAAGUUGGAUCCAAUCUAAGAAACUUGAAAGAAAGAAAUAGAAGAAGAAAGGAUGUACCAAGAGAGGUGCAAGGGGUUAAGAAGCUUAAACUUAGUGAGCAACAAGUUCCAUCUGAAGUGCCCAACUUGGAUUUAGAAAAUACAGGCCCAGUAGUUCCAAGACAAGGGAUUAGUCUGUUCACUGCUCUUGACAUGAUAAACUCUAAAGGUGGGUAUAGAUCCAAAAUCAAUGGACUGAUGGAAUUUGGAGUAUCUAAGCUAGAUAAAGAAGUGGUACAUGAGGAAAGAAUAGGAUUUUGGAAGUCUAAUCUAGGUAAAGACAAAGUAAAGGAGGAGUGGAAGGGAUCUGGGAAAUCAAAGCUAGGUAAAGAUGGAGUACAGGAGAAGAUGAUUGGAUCUGGAAAAUCUAAACUAGGUGGAGACGGACUAAAAGAGGAAUGGAAUGGAUCUGGAGGAUCUAGGCUAGGUGUAGAUAGAGUACAGGAGGAGUUGAUGGGGUAUGGAGGAUUCAAGUUGGGUGUAUAUGGAGUUCAAGAGGAGUUGAUAGAAUCUGGAGGAUCCAAUCUAGGUGUAGAUGGAGUAAAAGAGGAGUUAAUGGGAUCUGGAGGAUCAAAUCUAGGUGUAGAUGGAGUACAGGAGGAGUUGAUAGGAUCUGGAGGAUCCAAGCUAGGUUUAGAUGGAGUACAGGAUGAGUUGAUGGUAUCCAGAGGAUCUAAUCUAGGUGGAGAUGGAGUACAAGAGGAGUGGAAGGGAUCAGGAAAAUCCAAUCUAGGUGGAGAUGGAGUACAGGAGGAGUGGAAGGGAUCUGGAGUAUCUAAGCUAAAUGAAGUUGGAGUACAGGAGGAGUGGAAGGGAUCUGAAGUAUCUAAGCUAAAUGAAGUUGGAGUACAGGAGGAGUGGAUGGUGAAAGAGAUCCAACAAUUAAACAAUGUCAGGUUUGGUUCUCCUUCUAGGGAUAAGAAGAGACAUUCAGACAGGAUUUCCAGGGGAUGGAAGAACUCAACUCUCAGUAAGAGACUAUCCUUGAUGUAUGAGAUGGUGGAGAGUAGUAAGGCUGCAACCCACUUUAGGAGUGAUGAUACGAACUGGAAGGAAUCACUAUACUAUUCAGAGCCUGCCAAUUUUUUGGACAUCAGUGAGAUUGGUGACCGGUUGCUCCGAAAUGAGUUUGGUUCCAUGGUAGAUUUUAAAGAUGGUUUCCAGUUUAUACAGACAAACUGUCUCAACAGAUUCGGAGCACAACAUUCACUCACUAGAAAUGCUCAGCAUCUACUCAAUAUCAUUCAAACUUUGGAAAGGAAGUGGGUUGAAGACAUUGCCCUUGAACCAAUGGAUAAAAUCCACCAGGAUGAAAAUAUAAACACAGACUGUAAGGAUAAUCAGAAUAACCACCACAACCCCGGUCAAAAUGGAUUAAUGGAAUGCAAGAAAGGCAGAAAUGAUAGAAGCAUACAGAAAUCUUUCCCCAGACUAACGAACGGAGCAAUUAGAAAAACAGAUAAGGGUCAAAGAAUAAAACUCAAAUCUAGAGUAAAGAAAUCGGUCGAAACGAAGAAAGUUGUUGAACAUGAAGAGAACCCUGAAAGUAAUAUGGAAGUAACACCUCCUCCUAAACCUGUAACUAUAAUUGAACCUGUGCCUGAUAUUAUCCAAUGUUCUGAUGAGCCUAAUUCCUGCAAUGGUACUCAAUCAGAGCUUCCAGGGAAAGAUGAUUCUAAACUAAUUACUGAAAGAUCAUGCAAAGUAAGGCAGACUAAACAGAAGAUCAACCCAGUUCAGGAAAAUGUGAAGCAUAGAUACUCAUUAACAACAUGUCCAGUCUGCCUCAAGAAAAUGCAAAGGAAGAGUGUUCCAAGACACAUCUUGGAUGUUCAUAAGGUUAAGGUUCAGAAGUUGAGUCAUAACUCUAACAAAUCUGUUGAGAAGAUCACUGCUUUUGAAGCUCUGAAUGAAUGUACUACAAUUUCCAGAUCUAACGAGCAAAUAAUUGAGGCUCCAAAAGAUAAUAAACCAUCCCUGAAGAAGGUUCUUCCAGAAACUUCCAGAUCUAACAAGCAAAUAGUUGAGCUUCCAGAAGAUAAUAAACCAUCCCUGAAGAAGGUUCUUCCAGAAAUUUCCAGAUCUAACGAGCAAAUAGUUGAGCUUCCAGAAGAUAAUAAACCAUCCCUGAAGAAGGUUCUUCCAAAAACUUCCACUCAUUCAAUCAAGAUGAGGGAUCUUUCAAAACUCUCCAAAGCCCAUGAACCAUUUGAUGAGAAGGUUAUUACUUGUAACUCCUCUCCUGUACUGAAUGAUCUAAGUAAACCAAAGGUAAUAAGUGAUGGAGACAAUCUGGAACUUCCAAAAUGUGUUGAAAGCCAUGGUGGUUCAGGAUAUACAACUAGAUCUGCUGCUAGGAUAAGACAGGAAACUUACGAACCUUUAGGAAACAUAACCACUACUUUUACCAGGGAAAUGAGAUGCCCCUCAGUGAAAAGUUUGAAUCAAAGGAAUUCUGGUGCACUAAAACGAACCAGGAGCAACUCAGAUUCCCGACAUGGUCUUAGUCUGACAGAACCAACUGCGCAUACUCAUGAACCAAUGAAUGCAACUAAGUGCAUGAAAGGAAAAUCUGAAUCCAGGUCCAAAACAGGUUCUGGCCUUGGACGCCUUGGUGUGAAAGUUCAAAGGAUGAAAAACACAGGGAAGGAAAAGGAACCUUUUACCAAGCCCAUAACAAAGGUUCUAACCGUAAAAAGAUCUAGAGAAGUUAGUUCACAAAGAUCUUCCAUAGAUGUAGAGAAAAGCAAAGCAAGCUUGAUGUCUAAAAAUAUUCAACCAACUGGACUUGGAGCAAAGGAAUCUGAAGUAGGAAGUUCUAGCAUAUCAAAAAUAAUGACUGCAAGCAACCUGGGACAAGGAAACCGAGGCACUGCAAGUAAGAAAAUGAGAGAACGUAGCAGCAGGCCUUCAGAAUUAUUAGAACAGAGUGUCAACAAAAAGCCGAGGACCAAAAUUACAGGACCCAGGAGAGCGAAUGAGAAGACUGAACUUGCACAGAAUAAGAUUCCGGAUAGAUCUCUUCCACCUAAAACUCAAUCUCAAAGAACAGGAAAUCACACUAAAGCCUCUCCUAAGAUAAAUGUUGAGUUCUCAAACUACGCGGCAUCUGCACUUGUUAUUUCUCCAAGGUUUGACGUCUCAGCUUCUUCAUCUAUUGGAGCUCUGAGAGAUCCACCUCUUGUUCCACAGCACCAUAAGUUGAAAAGAAAUGCUUCUCAGUUACUGGAUCAAAGUUCUUCCACAAGUAUUACCUCAGAGAUACUGAAGAAAGGAUCCUCUACUAAGAAAGCUCCUAAGAUACCGGAUACUGGAUCCCUUACUAAGAAAGCUCCAGAUUUACUGGAUAAGGAAUCCCCUGAUAAGAAAGCUUCAGAGAUCCUGGAGAAAGGAUCCUCUACUAAGAAAGCUCCUGAGAUACUGGAGAAAGGAUCCUCUACUAAUAAAGCUUCUGAGAUACCGGAUACAGGAUCCCUUACUAAGAAAGCUCCAGAGAUACUGGAUGAAGGAUCCUCUACUAAGAAAGCUCCUGAGAUACUGGAUAAAGGAACCUCUAUUAAGAAAGCUUCAGAGAUACUGAAGAAAGGAUCCUCUACUAAGAAAGCUCCUGAGAUACCGGAUACUGGAUCCUUUACUAAGAAAGCUCCUGAGAUACCGGAUACAGGAUCCCUUACUAAGAAAGCUCCAGAUUUACUGUAUAAGGAAUCCCAUGAUAAGAAAGCUUCAGAGAUCCUGGAGAAAGGAUCCUCUACUAAGAAAGCUCCUGAGAUACUGGAGAAAGGAUCCCCUGAUAAGAAAGCUCCAGAGAUACUAGAUAAAGAAUUCUUUACUGAGAAAGCUCCUGAGAUACUGGAUAAAGAAUCCUUCACUGAGAAAGCUCCAGAGAUACUUGAUAAAGAAUCCUUCACUGAUAAAGCUCCAGAGAUACUUGAUAAAGAAUCCUUCACUGAUAAAGCUCCAGAGAUACUGGAUAAAGGAUCCUUCACUGAUAAAGCUCCAGAGAUACUGGAUAAAGGAACCUUCACUGAGAAAGCUCAAGAGAUACUGGAUAAAGAAUCCUUCACUGAAAAAGCUCCAGAGAUACUGGAGCAAGGAUCAUUAUCCGAGAAAGCCCAGGAAAAAUUUUCAUUAAUUCUUGAAAAAGAAUCAUCUUGUAGUGCGAAAGCUCCAGAAUUACUUGCUGAUGGAUCCUCGCCUGAGAAAUCUCCUGAUACACUGAAACCAGGAUCAACUGAGAAAUCUCCUGAUACACUGAAACCAGGAUCAACUGAGAAAUCUCCUGAUAAACUGAAACCAGAACUAACUGAGAAAUCUCCUGAUACAUUGAAACCAGAAUUAACUGAGAAAUCUCCUGAUACACUGAAACCAGGAUUAACCGAGAAAUCUCCUGAUACACUGAAACCAGGAUUAACUGAGAAAUCUCCUGAUAAAGUGAAACCAGGAUUAACUGAGAAAUCUUAUGAUACACUGAAACCAGGAUUAACUGAGAAAUCUCCUGAUACACUGAAACCAGGAUCAACUGAGAAAUCUCAAGAUAAACUGAAACCAGAACUAACUGAGAAAUCUCCUGAUACACUGAAACCAGGAUUAACUGAGAGAUCUCCUGAUACACUGAAACCAGGAUUAACUGAGAGAUCUCCUGAUACUCUGAAACCAGGAUUAACUGAGAGAUCUCCUGAUACUCUGAAACCAGGAUUAACUGAGAAAUCUCCUGAUACACUGAAACCAGGAUUAACUGAGAGAUCUCCUGAUACUUUGAAACCAGGAUUAACUGAGAGAUCUCCUGUUACUCUGAAACCAGGAUUAACUGAGAGAUCUCCUGAUGUCCUUUAUAAAUGUUCGUCCGCUGAGAAUGCUUCUGGGAUGAAUGAAGAAGAUCCUCUAACAGUAACAGGUGAAGGCUUGCAUCCUUUUAUUACUAGUGCAGGCCCAUAUAGUGCUACCCAGGUAUUUGUGGAGGAUAUGAUGGUUCCAGAGAAGUUAAAGGACGGAUGUCAAUCUAUGUUAGGACCGAUCAGGCUCAUGGUAGACCCGGAGUUGGAUCCUAUACUGUCGGAGUCAGAUAUCUAAUCUACUAAUUCUACUGAGGAAGGACCGGGGUAUCCUAUGCCUCUAGUUGACUCAACCUCUGUGUUAAGCCCAAAUCUGAAGUCCUAGUAAUCUCAAAAAGAGAUAUUAAAAAUGGAAAGCUAUGAGUAAAAUGUAUAACAUUUUCUACGUUCAACCUCCUGUUAACAGUUAUCUUACAAUGUAUUUUUUUGUCGAUUCCGUUACAAUUGUGAUUUUUUUAUUCGUUUUGUUUUUUGUCAAUAAUUAAUAUACUUGAAAAUAUCCA